AUGUCUUCAUCAGUAUCUCAGAUAUCACCAUCUGCUGGUGGGACUCAGGCACGUAUAGGGCCCGACCCUGUCUUUGACAAGGCUGUGGCCAAGUUCAAAAAACGCCUCACCAAAGAUCAAGCAGCAAAGUUCGCGAAUUGCACAGUAGACGACGUGAGAGACCAAAUUCGAGAUAUUCAGAACCGUCAUGGCGCUCAGCGACGUUUGAGAAACAUGGAACGCAUUUCUAAAUUCGUCGAAGGUAUGGUACAGCUGGGCACGGUUGUGGAAGUGUUCCUCAAUCUCCACAACACUGUGGCAUUGAUCUGGGGUCCUAUUAAGUUUCUCCUUGUUACAGCAAGCACAUGGAUUGAUACCGUCGAUAGCCUACUUGAUGUUUAUGGGCAGAUUGGAGAGAUUCUUCCAGAUCUCACGCGCAACCGGCAGAUUUACAAGGAAUACCCUUCUGUUCAUACGCAUCUUGAAGCUUAUUACUGCGAUAUCCUUCAAUUUCACAGCAAUGCUCUAGAUGUGUUUGCUAGGCCAGGCUGGAAGGUCUUGUUUCAUUUCGCCUGGAAAACAUUCAAGACCCAGUUUGACCCCAUAUUAAAAAGCCUUGAGAGACACAGGGUCAUGCUCUCGGAGGAGAAGCUUACAGCUGUGAUGCAAGAAACGCAGAAACAGGGACAAUCAAUUCAAGACAAGCUUCAUCAGUUGAACAGAGAUUUGCAAGAGAGAGACAAGAAAGAUGCCGAGAGGGACUUAAUUACGCGUCAGAGUCAAAUCGAUCAGCAAUUCCGCAGCAUUGAGAGCAAAAUCGAUGCCCCAAAUUACCAUGAAGAUUACGAAAUUGCAUCGCAGAAACGAUUUCAAAACACAUCAGGCCAAUGGAUCCUUAGUCAUCCUCUUGUAUCAGAAUGGCUUAACCAUAGUUCCAAGGCAGAUGGGAAGAUAUAUUUGAGUGGUAUACCUGGAGCAGGCAAAACCGUUCUCACAUCUAGUCUAAUAACUCAUCUAAACGAACUAAAGGCAUCUGCUAAGGAUUCUGGUGACAGAUUCACCAUAUCCUACUUCUACUUCAAGCACGAUCAGCCAAAGAAAAACUCAUUCGUUUCCCUGCUUCUAUCACUAUUAGCCCAGCUAGUUGCUCAAGAUGAGAGCUUGCUUGAUCACAUUUACCAUGCUCGCCAUUCUAUGGAUUCGCAGCAAUUUCGAUCAUUGGAUGAGUCCCGAUGUUUCGUCAUCAUCGAUGCAUUGGAUGAGUGCCCAGAGGCCCCCAAAGUCUUACAGUGGUUUGAAAACGUCAUUUUCAAACAAGAUGGAACCCCAGGAGAUACAGACUUUAAUAUCAGACUUUUGAUAUCUGGACAACGGGACGGAAUCCUUGAAAGUCAGAUGUCCCAUUACAAAAUGAUCCAUCUGGAUAUGUCUCCAGGGCACGACCAAGACAUCAAGAAGUACGCGGCGGCUAUGACCAGUAAGAUUAGGGACAAAUUCUCUCUGGACCUAAAUUACGAGCAGGAAAUCGUGUCACGUGUUACCUCACACGCAUGUGGAAUGUUUCUCUAUGCCCAGCUUGUCCUCACCAACCUUAUCUCUCAGACAUCUAAGUACGACUUCAAACAGGAAAUGAAGGCUGAGACAUUUCCUGACGGGCUUGAACAAGCUUACGACCGCAUUAUUGUUCGAGUGCUCCGAAACCCUAACAAGUCCGAGAGAGCCGUUGCCAAGCAUAUUCUCGGAAUGAUCAUAUGUGCUUUCAGACCCUUGCAUUGGAGAGAGCUAAAAAGCAAGUUGUGCAUCGAUCCAACUAAGUCGGAAGUCGACAUUGACCGUGAGCUUGUGGUGAGCUGCAAGCAAAUCUGUAACUCCCUGGUGGAUGUCAGCUAUAUCGAUCCAUCAUUAUCAUUGCCAGGGGAGGAAAUCAUCGAUCUUGUCCAUAGCUCAGCUAAAACAUACUUAGUGCAAACUAAGGAAAUUGAUGUACCGACCGAGAAUGCGCAAAUGGCUCUUUUCUGCACGGAAUACAUGUUAUCUCGGCCACUUACACCUGGACUUUCCAAGCACGAUAUUCAUAAUUAUGCAAACAAGGGUUAUUACGGUUUCCAUGACUACGCUGUUGCGUUCUGGUGGAAACAUGUCCAACAGGUUUUGGUUGCCUCACAAUUGGCAGCAGACCUAGUCCGAAGCGCAAUGCAGGCUGCUUAUCGCUGUGUGAUAGAUAUUGGAGAGCUUGAUCAAACCGGAGAUUUCGACGAUUCGAUAUUCGACAUUCAAAAUGUGAAGAGCAAGCUUAAACAUGUCCCACAAAGCCUUCAGGACUGGAACACCAUCAAGAUCUACGAAAUGCGAGCAGUCACAAUUAGAGACGCAAUUGAAGUACAGAUCAAUCAUUUCUACGAACACAAGCAAGCAGCUUUAGCUCUUUAUGGACCAUGGCGGUACAAGUGCCGGAAACCAUGGUGUCAGUAUUUCAGUCGCGGUUUCGAAAAGGCACAACAGCAGCAAAUCCACAUCAACCAACAUGAGUUACCCUUCACCUGCGAACAUCCGGGAUGCUUUGCUACCGAGGUUGGGUUCGAGAAAGAGACUGAUCUCAAGACUCACGCUAGGCGAUGGCAUCCUAAAGAAGAACAAUUACUCUUUCCUACGUCCAGGCGACCCGGCACUAAGCAAUUGGGUGUUAGUCCAGACUAUCAGAAAAAGGGAGGCCACUCUCUCUUAGAGACCGCAAUACGCAAUGGGCAUCUACACGUUGUCCAAUACUUGACAGAAAUGGGAGCAAAUGUCAACAUGAAGACUUGGAAGGACGCCCGGCCCUUGAAUCUAUUAGAUGAAGCUGUCGCGCGUUGUGACUUAGAAAUCAUUACUUUUCUUUGCAGUCUCGACAGCUUUUCGCUGGCCGUGCAUGCUCUGCUGUCGUCAGGUAAAUCUGAUCCCAACGCACACGGUUUGUUGAGACAGCUGCCACUACAUCUCGCGUGUGAAAUCGGGACACUUCCGAUCGUUCAACGCCUUUACGCUGCCACUACCACAACCGACAUUGAAGACACCUCAGGAAACACACCUUUGCAUAUAGCCUCCAUGGGCGGGCAUUACGCAGUGGUGGACUUUCUCAUCAAAGAAGGUGCAGACAUCAACGCUUUGAAUCAAACCUCCGAAACACCAUUACAUUUAGCUAUAAUCGGGUUUGAAGGCGCGUACGAUCCAUUCUUUAGCAAGGACGGCCUGGACCUCGCCAAGUCUCUGGACUCAGGUAACAUUUUAGGUGGCUUCAACUUUGAUGAUUCUCUUAAUGAUCACGGUGGAUACGAGGGGAUUUUGGCUUCACAGAAGUGA